CAAAUUAUUCAAAUCUCGUUCAGUCAUCUUUUUACAACCUCAAACUCUAUACAAUAGGUAGAUAAGAAAAUCCCACUGGGACCCCAUUAAAUACGCAUCUACUGAUAGCCCUGUCGAUAGAUAACUGUCUAUCUUCUCACCGGAAAACGCAACGAGGGAUUCGACCAGUAAAUACCAUCACCACCAGCGAUGAUGGCCGCUUCCACUUCUGGAAACCAAGCCCGAUACGAUCACUACCGACUGUACCGGGUGCAGCUGGAAACGGAUCGACACGUCCAGGUGUUCCAGGAUCUGGAAGCCAAAAGCGAUAGCUGUACCUUCUACGGCCAUGCACGGCAAGCGGGUCAGCAGUUGACCAUAAUGGUCGCUGCCAACAAGGUGGCCGACUUUGAAGAUCUGUUGGACCGCUUCCUGGUCAAGGGACGUGUUUUGGAAUACAACGUGCAAAGUCGAAUCGACAGUGAGGCCAAAAACGUUAAACCGGUGACGGCGGGUCCGGCGGAGUUCGAUUGGAAUCACUAUUUCCAUCUGGAAACGAUUUACGCCUGGAUGGACGAUCUCACCCAAAAGCACCCCUCCGUCAGCGUACUCUCCCUGGGAAACUCUUACGAAGGUCGCCCCAUCAAAGGCGUCAAGUUGUCCCGCAAACCGGACAACAAAGCCAUCUUCGUGGAAGGUGGCAUUCACGCUCGUGAGUGGAUCUCACCGGUAACGGUGACCUUCAUACUGAACCAACUGCUCACCUCAACUGAUCCGAAGAUCGUGCAGCUCUCCAACGACUACGAUUGGAUCUUCUUCCCGACGGUCAACCCGGAUGGAUACAAGUUCACCUUUGAAGGGGAUCGCCUAUGGCGCAAGAACCGCAAACCGUACGGACUGUGCCGCGGGGUGGAUCUGAACCGAAACUUUGACAGCAACUGGGGUGGUAUCGGUUCCAGCGCGGACCCUUGCAGUUACGACUUUUCCGGGGGAAGCGUCUUCUCGGAACCGGAAGCAGUUGCCCUGGCCGAUUUCAUCCGAAAUAAUGCUGAAAGGGAACGCAUCCGGACGUACAUCGCACUGCACUCGUACUCGCAGCUGCUGAUGUUUCCCUUCGGACACACGACCGAGAAGGUCCGGAACUACGAACAUCUCCAGUCGAUCACGGAUAAGGCGAUUGCAGCGCUAACGGCGGUUCAUGGAACAAGCUUCCAGGGUGGAAGUAAACACGAGACGAUUUACCCGUCCAGUGGGGGAAGCAUCGAUUGGGCCUAUCAGGAGGGCAAGAUUCCGGUUUCGUUGACGUUUGAACUGAGGGGUCCACCGGAUUCGACGGAUAUGUUUAUACUGCCAGCGGAGCAGAUUACGCCAGUCGGUGAGGAAACGAUGGCUGCGUUCGUGGCGAUCGUGGACGAAGCCCACCGAUUGGGGUAUUAUGAUUGAUGGUUGUGCAAUAUAGAAACGUUUGUUAAC